CAAUCGUAGCGCGUGCCAUACCAGAGUUCCAGAUUCGUAUUGUUUAUGACCAGCGCUGACAAGGAUGACCAGGGCGCCUACCAUUCAAGACCAACCUGUGAGCCGUACAUAAGAACUCAUCUGUAAGCUGUCGCACGUCGUUACGAUUCCUCCAUCUCCGACUAUGACUGACGCUGAAGCACCGCCCGCGAAGGUUCCGCGCACCCAGCCGCCCUCCCCGCUCGUCGCUGACGUGGCCCAUAAAUCCAAAGAAUCUGCGGCAGCGUCAGCUGCUCGGCAGUUCAGCGACGAGACAUGGGCAGAGAUCAUGUUGCACUGCUCGAUCUUCGACCUGUUCAGCCUUCGCGAUACCUGCCGCCUCUUCCGGACGAUGAUCGACAGGAAUAUGCUUGAGGAAGCUCUCGUGGACGCCGGAAUGAGCCGCAUAUUCCCGCCUAGAGAGGAAGAAAGAGAGUAUCUUCCGGUGAGCCUACGCGACCGGAUCUGCUACAUGAAGAUGCUUUGCGCGGGGGCGUGUUCGGUCUGCGGCACAUGGUCAGCGCUACCUCCAGCCUCGAGCGACCUGAGGAUACGCUUGUGCGGCAGUACGGAAUGUUCCUCUUAUAUGUUCUCCGAGCACAUGUCGCGGGGCUGGAGACUCUGCCGUAUGCCUGGUACGGACUUCACCUACUACGACGACGUUGUCGAAUUCGUGUUGCCCCCUGCAGCCGAAAUGUGGCAGCCACAUAUGCUGAUGGACCUUGGGUGCUACGUUGGUAACUGGCACUAUGCCGUUUUCCGAGACAUCGACGGCAGCACCAACUGCAGAUCCCUUUUGAAGGCCCGUCUGAAGGCGAAGGAAGAAUUAGACAGUAUCGGCUGGAAAGGGGGAGUACAUAGCGACAUCGUCGAGGAUAGCAAAGACAAGGAAGGAGCUAAGCGUCUUGCAGCCGUAUACACAAGCCGCCAAAGACGUCAUGAGAUCACGAGUUGGCUUUAUUGCAUCCUUCUCCUCUGGAGGGUGAGAAAUGAGGAAAAGUGCACGAAAGUCCGCCAGGACAAUCUCCGAACGAUUGAAGCUAGCGCCAAAUUCAUGAACCAGCCGCACUGCCUCAACCACCCCGUCAUCCAGCGCGCUUUGGAAGCGCAUGCGCGCGAUGUGUCUACCAUCCUCCCGCCGGCGGCGAGGAGUCUUUUCCCGCUUCCGGAUAUACCAGUGACGCCCUGGAGUCCGAACGGUCACAGUUCUUCGCAGGAAUCGGUGCUUCGUCAGGCGGAGUUUACUCUUGGAGGAUCAGGCGCAGCUGCGCAACCCUCACCUGAGUGCAGACGUGAGCCUGCGUCCCGCGCUACCGGCGCCAGCCACGAAUCCAGCACCGGUGCGCACAUUGCCGCCCUCGGCCGGUCAAGAACGUCAGUUCCCAAACCUGCUCAAGCCACGCCUCGCCCCUUAGGGCCCGCUAGUACAACGAACACAAUCUUGUGGAGUUGCACGCUGUGUGCAGGGCGCGCAUGCUUCGAUAAACAAAUGCUUUUGCUAGAGCACAAAAGAGACGUGCACUCAUUACCUUUCCCAUAACGCUUGUGCGAGGUCGUCAUCAAAUAUUCCCGUGUUUCUCGAGAGGCCUCGAGA